AUGGAAACAACCUCAACCCUAACCCCCGCUGGAGCAACAGCAACCGUCACAGUCACCGCCACCGCCACCGCAACCCCAUACUUCCCACCUCAAGCACCAAGCAGAAAUGGGCCAGCUGUGUCCUACGGCUUCAUCGCCCUCAUAAUCUUACUCGGUCUCCUCCUACUGUUAAGUCUGGGGUGUCUAGGCCACAGCUUUCUAGUGCGACGACAGGCACGCCGACGAGGCGAAGAUCCGGGACCGGUAUUUGGGUCGUGGUGGUGGCAGAGGAAUCCGCCGAUGGAUCAGACGCAGGAAGAUGGGCAUCAGCCUCAAGCUGUAUCUGGUGCAAGGGUACAGGGAGAUGGCAGAGGGAGGGAGUUUUAUAACGUUGCGGGUGAACCGGCGGUGGGAGCAGCGGACGUCAGAACGGAGCAGGACUUGAAGGGUGGUGGUGAGGUUGGGAUGGCAAGAUAUGCUUGA